GCCCCAGACCAGCCCAAGGACUCCCUACAGACCACCCAGGUGUCGAACCCCUCGACAGAGGACAGUCCAGUGUCCACAGGAGGACGAACUACCCCUCAGGUUAAUGGAGGUGAAAUGCUAUCAAGACUUCCAUCACCAUUCAAGCAGACCGGGAAGCACUCCACUAUAAGCAACAGCACUACCUCGAAGGACGCUGCUAAUGCUAACACGACAUCGCGUGCCAGGACCAUCCACGGGGCCAACUCCACAUCCAACGACAAGGUGCGGUCCCACCUCAACCAGCAGAACAACAACAACAACAACAUCCAGUCAUCUCAAGGUCCGACCCCGGUGAGUUCAAAGAACAGCACCAACUCUGCCUUGCUGCGAGCCACCUCGCCCAGCAGCACCCCCCACUCUGGGAUCCCCACUCCCGGAGGGAGAAGUCUUUCGGGACCGAGGAUCCCCACAGCGGCUGAGAAACAGUCGAACAGAACCAGUGCCAGCUCCACCAGUUCCACGUCAUCUUCCAAGAGCACGGGCAACCCGGCAAAACCUUCGAGCAACAAGAACUCUAUGUUGGACAAAUUCAAGUUUUUUAAUUCAAAGGAAAAAGAUAAAAACAAGAGUGUUAGCAAGAGUGCUUCAAAGACAGCUUCCUCAAAGACUACUAGUAGUAGUACUUGUACUACUACUUGUACUACUACGACUCCAGGGUCAAGGUUGUCCAGUGACACAGAUUCUGGCAGGGACACAAAGUCGUCAAGCUGCAGGAGCUCCAGCUCAACUGAUGCUGGUGCCAGUAGCAGUAGCACCACCACCAAUGGGUCAUCAAGCCCAAAGCUGCCGGCUAAGUCGGGAAAGAAAUCGCUGGCUCAUUCGCUCAGCACAAAGAGAGAAACGAGUAAUAGUCUGACUCCAGACAAUGUAGCUAAGCGCAACACCCCAUCCCCAUCAUCUCAGAACCGGACCUCGCCUAGUGUGUCUGCUCGCAAUUCACCUGUGCCUGGACGUAAAACUGGUACAAAAGACAGGAGUGAGUCUCAUGGAGGUCAGUCCAGUCCUACGCCUUCUAAGAAGAGUUCUUCUUCCAACUCUAAAAUAGGCAGCUUGAUUCCAAAAUCUGCCUCAUCUUCAGGAAAAUCAGGGUCUCAGAUUCCAGCACCAAGCACAGGCAUUCCAAAACCUUCCUCAGGUAAAUCCUCCAGCAAAGAAGACAAGAGCAAGAAUGUGCCUGCCGUUCCAAGUCACAAGAAGGCUCUAUUUGCCUCGCUGCCUGGGAUGAAUGCCCACAAGUCACUGUCUUCCAGCACCUCAAAGAGUUCACUUCAGCAGUCUACCAGUCCUGCUGGGACUCCUGCUGGGACUCCUGUUGGACCGGUCAGCCAAUCGGGUUCGUUUCACUCAAGCAUGAGCCAAUCGAAUUCUAGAUCACAAAACAUGUCGUCUGCUGUGGAGAGCCAACUGCAGCAGCAGCAGCAGCAGCAGCAGCAGCAGCAGCAACACGCUCGGGUCAAUGUUCAGGAGCAGCAGAGAAUAAAAGACAGUUUUCCGCGGGUUAAUCUCCAGGAGCAGCAGAGAGUGACUGAAAACAGUUCGGCCAGCAUCUCCGUGCCUCGGGCCACGGCCCACGUGAUGGCAGACAUCACGAUUCCUCCCAAGUCGACCACGAGUCAGAUGGGACAGGUCGCCGGUGUCCCUAGUGGGCGGGCUGCACCGGGAGUGUCUAGAACUCAGGUGGUCAGUCCCACUCCUAACACGUAUGGAAGUGUCACAUUCUCACAGACGGUCAAUGUUGUGAAGCCUCAGUGUACUGUGGCUUCGCAGUCGUGCAAACCGACCGUGUCUAAAGCCGACUGCAAUACUCAGACGAACCUGUCGGUCCUUCAGAAGACGAUCACCCCCACGAAAUACAUGAAUGACCCGAAAGGGGGUUCAACUUUCCGACCAGCCAGUCCUAGAGUCGAACAUCCCAGUAAAUCGAGAUCGACCACUCCUUCGAAUAUCGGAAGCCCGUUUUCUUCCGAGAACAUUAUCAUUAGGUCUGUCCCGGGAGAUGUGAUCUGUCAGGACAGAUCCACCACAAACUCGCCCAAACUUGGUGUGAAAAUGUUAAACUCGCACAUGGGGAAACCCGCGAAUAAUGUGGCAAUAGUGCAACCUCGUUCGGGCGAAAAGGUCGAAACAACGUUCGAUGCCGACGUGAGGACCGAAAAGGUGAGCAAGACCGACUGCAAGGAGACAACGUUUUCUGAAAAGGGGACGACGUUCGUCGACGAUUCUGGUGAGACGAUGGACAUCAAGCCCAUGCCUCCCAUCAUGAGAGCUCUUCCAUAUGGAUACUUCCGUGGAUAUUCCGGAUACUCGGGUCUCAACUCCAACAGAAAUUUCCACAUCCCGGGCAUCUCGGUGCCCCAGACCACCAUGUACGCCACGAGCACGCCCAGCAGGCUCGGUGUGGCGAACCGACCACUCUUUGAGCAUGGCAAAUAUUACUCGGGACAGAUUAAAAGGACAAAUUCCAACUGCCCGAGCAUUGCUGAUACGGACUACGGCUCGGAUGCGGAGACUUACGACUACGUGUCGGGUUACAUGUCUGAUGGGGAUAUUCUCAAGAACAACAAGGGAGACGACUGGACAAGCGGGUACCUCAGUGAAGGCGGUGCAUCGCUGUAUGCGCGACGUCUGCAGCAGCGCUUCCGGGAAGGGAUGCAGGCUGUGAGAGAGUGCAUGCAGAAAAGCAGCGCAGUCGUUGAUGAUGACAGUUUUGAUGACAGCAGCUCUAUCAGUAGUGGCGACAUCAGUGACACAAUAAACGAGAUCAGCACGGACGAGAAUCUGACGGGAUCGUCACAGGGCGCGCUCUCCGACGGGAAUCCUUACAACAGCCUCAAGCGGGUCCCCAGGGAGCUCACCCAUGACUUCCACAACGGCGGCAGUCAGAUCCCGGGCAAGAGGGUUCCCAACCUGGGCACGAGCGCGUUCCUCGGCACGGACUACAACAGCGAUUCUGGCCAUGCUGGCUGGAGGAAGUACUCCAUCCCACAGAACAGCAAGCUGCUGAGUAGCGACCCCAGUGACUAUGCGUAUCCUUACAACAACAGCGGAGGUGUCGAUCACUCGCAGUGGAGAGGUGGAGCUCAGCAGCCGGCAGGCUACGGUUCUCUGAGGAAGCACUCGAACGCCAGCCACCCCGAGCUGGGCUAUCGGUCAGACAAUAGCUCGUACGCGGAGAGUGAGAGGGGAACCUCGUCGACCAGCCCCGUGACGAAGCGCGACUGCGAGACGAACACCGACAACUCCCACCUGCUGGAGACGAGCAUGAAGCGGAUGCAGAAUGCGAGGGGAGUGACCAAUUCGGGCGGCAGUCUCAGCGCCGGCGGAUUCGGAUACCGCCGGCCGCUGAGCAACGUGAGUACGUCGUCGAUCGGCAGCAACAAGAGCUCCAGUUCGAAGGGAUCGUCGACCGUCGGGAGCAGGCUGGCCAAGCAUGGCGUGGACACCGUGCACAGUCCCAUUAAGGUUUCUUCCGGUGAUGGUGCGGGACACAGUAAUAUUCCGCGGCCCGGCAGUGGCGGCGGGUCAAAGAUCGGCAUGGGACACAAAGACCUUCCGACCGACAUGGGACCGGAAGCGUACAACAACUCCACGCUGGAGAGACGACAGAGAAACGGCAGCCUGACGUCGAGCAAGUCCACGGGGGUGGGCCCACCCCCACCCAAUCAGGAUUUCCAGUCGAACACCCUCGGCAGGAGGCGACUAUUCGAUAGCAAGGGCAGUCUGACGCGGGCAGCCUCACAAGGCGAUGGUGGUAACCUCUGUCCCAGCACGAUCAUAUCGAACCCGCAUGCAACGUACGGGAAAGCGGACAAACAGACGAGCCACUACGUGAACCUACAGCAGCUGCAGGCAGCCCAGCAGGCAGCCGCCGCUUUGCAAGCCGGAGCCGGAGGAGGUAACUAUGCGGUUGUGGAGUACUGUAGUCCUAGAAACUCUGGCAUCGCUAACGGCUCUUGGCUUAAGUCUGGUAACGGUCACGGACAUGCUCCAGCGGUUUCCGACACCGAGGAGUCGCUGACGGCUGUCUCCUCCAGCAUCCAGGCCCAGAUCCAGCAGGCCCGGGCCCUCAGCGGGGCCAGCGCCCGGAUCCUCGCCCAGACGAGGGACACUCUGAUUGCUGCUGGCAGCACGCAGGGGCUCACCCGGUCCUGUAGCAUUAAGUCCACCCAGUCUGACUGCCUCCACUCAAGCAGCAAGCAUUACUCGGACUCGGAGGAGCUCCCCCGCACAAACUCUUUCUCGCAGCUGGCCAGCCCCUCUACCACCGCCUCCGCCUCACAGCACCAACACAACCAUAGCCACCACAACCACCCACCACCACCACAGCCUUCCUCUCCAACUCCGAGCAAUAGCUCGCACUCUUCUCGCUUCACUUACCCCAUGACCUACAACACCAAUGGUGUCUUCAGCACCAGCAUGUCGCAGAACAUGGUACGCUCCAACACUCAGAGUAGUCUCCCCUUCUCUGGCCUGGCUCUGUCUAAGCUGAACAAGUCGGAUGAAGAUGGGGCCAGUCGUCUAACGAAAUCAUCAACAUUGGAUUAUGCAUACCUAAGUGAUUAUGCAUAUGUUCAUGGAUCGAAUCUGUCUCUCGUGUCUACCUCAUCAUCAUGUUUCUCAUCGGCUGAAGACAAACAGAAUAAUGAGGUUCGCAAAUUACGUCGUGAACUAGAAACUGCGAACGACAAGGUGCUUACAUUAUCAACCCAACUCAAAACAAACGCUCAUGUGGUGGCGGCGUUUGAACAGAGCCUGUCUAACAUGACCACACGUCUUCAGGGUCUGACCGCCAAUGCUGAACAAAAGGACAACGAGCUGACAAACCUCCGGACGACUAUAGAAGCACUGAAGCUCCAGAGUGGUCUCAAUAUUGGUCUGCCCAAUGAUGCACUUAGUCCUAAUUCGGGCCGGCGCCACACUUCACCGGGAAGCAGUUCGAGCAUCAUGCGUCAGAUCUCAUCAGACAGCAUGUCCAGUAUAAACAGUCUGUCCAGUGCGUGCAGUGUGGCCAGCCAGCAGUCGGCCGCUACGGAUGGAGAGAUGGGCAAGAACGGGAAGAACAGAAAAGACAAGAAGAAGGGAUGGCUAAGAAGUUCAUUCAGCAAAGCGUUUGCAAGAAAGAAGAACAAGCACGGUUCUCUGUCGGACGUGGAGCCCGAGAUCUCAAGUCUGCGAUCAGCACCAAACUCACCUCUUCUGAUGACACACAUCCCCAACGGACCGGGCUUGAUCAAGAGCUCGCACAGCUCGGGGGCACUGUGUGAUGGAGAGGACGUGUCUGUGAUGGAUCUGAAGAAGCAGCUCCGAGAUAAAGACAUGAAGUUGACAGACAUCCGCCUGGAGGCCUUGUCGUCUGCUCAUCAACUGGAGCAGCUCAGAGAGACCAUGAACAAAAUGAAGAAUGAAAUGUGUGCCUUAAAAGCUGACAAUGAUCGGUUACAGAAGUUGAUGUCUCCGACCCCAUCCCGGUCUCUGAACAUCUCACAGUCGUCCCUGACUCACUCACACACACGGGCCAGCAACGACUCACUAGAGCGCUCACUCAGUCUCACCGAUCACAACAGUCUAGAUAUGCUAUUGGCUGAGACAGCAGCCAAUGAGAGAGAAGGAAAGAGGGUUACAAUCACAGUCUACUUGGGUUCUAACCCAGACCCUCAUAGGCCCUGUCUGGAGAAAGCAGCUGAAGUAUUAAUUGGAUCUCUGUCUGUCAGUGGAAAGACAAAAUGGGACAUCCUUGACAACAUUGUGCGGAAAAUAUUUAAAGAAUAUGUUCUAAGAGUAGACCCUGUGACUAACCUAGGUCUCAGUGCAGAAAGUGUGUACUCAUAUCACAUUGGAGAAAUUGUCAAAACAAAAGAAUCUGAAGUGCCAGAGUUGCUUCCUAUAGGCUAUCUCGUGGGCGAUACAAUGCAGAUCAGUAUUUGCCUUAAAGGAACAAAGCAAACGAGUGUGGACUCGUUAGCGUUUGAGUCGAUGAUUCCGAAGACAAUAAUUCAGCGCUACGUGUCUCUACUGCUGGAGCAUCGGCGAAUCAUCCUGUGUGGGCCGAGUGGCACCGGCAAGACGUACCUGGCACAGAAACUGGCUGAGCACCUUGUCCUUAGGUCUGGCCGAGAGUUGACAGCUGGUUCGGUGGCUACAUUCAACGUGGACCACAAGUCUUCUAAAGACCUGCGCCAGUACCUGGCAAACAUCGCAGAGCAGUGUGAGAACACGAACGUGAACGAGCUGCCGAGCGUGAUCAUCCUCGACAACCUGCACCAUGUGGGCUCGCUCGGAGAGGUCUUCAACGGAUUCCUCAGCGUCAAGUACCAGAAGUGUCCCUACAUCAUCGGCACCAUGAACCAGGCCACCAACGCAGCCACCAACCUACAGCUGCACCAUAACUUCAGGUGGGUGCUGUGUGCGAACCACAUGGAGCCGGUGAAGGGGUUCCUUGGCCGAUACCUGCGCCGCAAGCUGGUUGAGGCAGAGGUGCGUACGGGGGUGAGGAACAACGACCUGAACAAGAUCAUCGACUGGGUGCCCAAGAUCUGGUCACACAUCAACAAGUUCCUCGAGACCCACAGCUCGUCGGAUGUCACCAUCGGUCCCAGGCUGUUUCUAUCCUGUCCCAUGGAUAUCUCUGGCUCCCAGGUGUGGUUCAAAGAUCUCUGGAACUACUCCCUGGUACCCUACAUGCUGGAGGCUGUCCGAGAAGGGCUUCAGGUGUAUGGACGCCGGGCACCGUGGGAAGACCCCACAGACUGGGUGGUCGAGCAGUUCCCCUGGUCCGUGGGCAGUGUCAAGGAUGACCGGUCUCUGCUGAGGAUUCGUCCGGAGGAUGUCGGGUACGAUGCCCAGACAGGUCCUGUCCCAGCGGGAACCUCGAAGAUCAAGUCACAGACAAGUGCCAGCGAUACUGAGGCCGACCCACUGGUGAACAUGUUGAUGCGGUUGCAGGAGGCAGCCAACUAUUCAAGUCCCCAGAGCAAUGACAGUGACUCUGUGAGUCUCGACAGCCACAGCAGCAUUCAGGAGUUCUCCAACUCAAGUGUUGAGUCUACGCUCUGAGUUCAUGACCUACACAGACUCUGUUCGUGACCUACACAGAGUGAGUUCAUGACCUACACAGAUUGAGUCAUGACCUACACAGAUUGAGUUCAUGAUAUAUACAGACUAGAUCAUAAUCUAAACAGACUGAGGUCAUGGCAUACACAGAGUGAGUCAUGACCUACACAGAUUGAGUUCAUGAGAUACAGACUAGAUCAUUACCUUUCACAGACUGAGGUCAUGAAAUACACAGACUAGAUCAUUACCUACACAGACUGAGGUCAUGAAAUACACAGACUGAGUCCAUGACAUACACAGCUGAUGCACCAAAAUGACAAAUCCAGGGCCAUGAUUUCACACAGUUUCAAAGGUUCACAUUAAUUGUGUUCAGAUGUAAUGAAGAAAACCUAGAACUGUAAGAAGUCUAGAUUCGGACUGGUCCUACAGAGUAAUGAACUAAGCUGAGGACUGAACCAUACAGAUUGAUGAACCAUACAGACUGAUGAACCAUACAGAUUGAUGAACCAUACAGACUGAUGAACCAUACAGAUUGAUGAACCAUACAGACUGAUGAACCAUACAGAUUGAUGAAGGAUUCCAUCUGAGAAAAUAAUGGUUAAUCCGAGAGACAAAAUAUUGUUACAACUGGUUGCAACUGUCACGGUUCUUAGUUCAUAUUUUAUAAUCCUGGGACUAUCUGAAUGACAUUAUUGAGAUUAUAGUCAUUAUAGUCAACUGGAAGAGUCGCCAUCACUGCCAAUGCAAUAAAUUGUUUUAUACCAAAGAUUUGUCAAACACAGUUGGUGCAGUGAUAUAUAUAUAUACACACACAUAUAUAUCUCCUCUACAUAUAUGGUACAGUAUUUGUAGAAGUAUGCAGUUUAACUGCAAAGUCAAGUAUUACAUACAUUAUAGCUUUAAGUUAUGAAGUAGAAACGUAUAAGAACGGCCAUCUGCAAUAUUGGCUGAUAGGCUUGUGGACAGUGUGUUAUCAAGUUAUGUACAUGGUGCUAGCCAUUUACCAGGACGGGCUUGCUGCUGAGUUUAGCAGAACAUUGUGUGUGGUUUUUGACUGAUGUGCUACCAGUUUUACAAAGACACUUGUGUGGUGCUAGCAGUCUUGAGUAAAAAAACAACAACAAUGCUAUAGAGUUAGGUACUGUACCAACAUGUUAUGUAUGAACACUGUGUGUUUCUGAAUAAUGUGUUUACAGUUUUAAGACGAUAACAAUGUGUAGAUCUAGUAGAUGAACAGAAAAUGUGUUUUGAGUGAAGUGUCGACACUGUAGUAGGAGCACUGUAUGUUAAUGGAUAAUGUGCCAUCAUUUUUACUAGAACACUGUAUAUGGUGCUAGUUGCUUGACUGGAACAACAGCAUUUGAUGUUUUUUAAGAGCCACUCUGCAUAGAAGCAAGAUUUUUACAUUUUACUGGAGAACAGUUUAAAACUGAUGCUAGCAGAGAGAGAGCGAAAAAAACAAGUUUCCAAAGUAAGGUGCUACCAUCUGAAUAAGAAACACCAUAUACUAGUGGGUAGUGUGUUUGCAGUUUGAUUGGAACAUUGUCUAUACCUGGUGCUAGCAAUUUACAUGGAACAACACUGGAGUAAAAAAAAACCUUACAGUUUAGCAGGAUCCCUGUGCUUUUGAUACAAAAUUUGACUUUGACAUGAAAACCAACUCUGAUCACUAUCUAUGCAAAGUGUCAUGAUCUGCUUUGAAAACAAAUGGGCAAACUGUGUCUUUUGUAAGCACUUGAAAGUCACCCUCUACACCUUUCCUUUACCCAAUGUAUGACUGUUGGACAGUUCAAACUGAAAUAUAUCCUGAGAGAAGUUGUGUUCUGUUCUGCCGUGUAUGAUAGCUAUAGUAGGAGCUUGCUCAUUGACAUGGAAUCAUGAUGUUCCUUCUGAAACGGUUUAGAAGAGUCUUCAGUAUCGUGCUAGAUUUGUAAUUGUGGAGAAUGCAUUUAGAAGACUGAAAGAGAGACACAGUAUGCAUCUUUUUGUGCCUUUGAACGUCUUACUGAUGAGAUUCUAAGAACAAUCAAAAAGCCAUCUUCUUCCAUCUUGCCAAUAAGUGUGAUUUUAAACAUCGCUAUAAUGAAGAAUUCCAACAUACAUAAGAAAAAUGUCUGGUUUAUGAUUGGUGUCAUUUCUCUACAAUUUCAAUUAUACACAUAGUGACCGACGGGCAGUGAAACUGUUACCAAAGGGGAAUAACUGUAACAGAAUGCUGCUUACAGAGUUAUUCUUCCUUGAAUGUUUUUGUAAGGUAGUGGUGAAUUGUGAUGAACUAGAGGUGUGGGUUUUUUUGUGGUGACCUAACAUGACUUGGUAUGUCACCUUGUUUGUAUAUGUGUAUGUGUGAAAUACAGCAUCAGGCAGCAGAUUUAAUGACUGUAACUGUAAUAUUUGCUCAUGUUCAUUGCUGACUGCCUACUUGUAUGUGAAAGCAUUUAAAUGUGAACAUUUCCAAAGUGCCAACUGUAUACAUUAGCAGACAGCACUGUGUGCAUGCUACUGUAUGUAAAGAGUGUAAUAUAUGUGCAUAAUACUGUAUUUAUAUGUAGAUACAUGUAGUUUCGUCAAGACUGUAGAGUCUAUUCACCCAACUAACAGUUUGAAAGGUGUUUAAUAUGUUGAUGUUAGCUUGUUGGUCAGGCAUGGUAGCAAGGUUUUUAGUUUAAUUUAGUUUUUUAUCUGUGUAUUACAUCUUUUUUUCUUCUUUUUUUAAUAAAUAUAUAUUAAUGUAUUUUUAUUCGGGUGUUUCAAAAUGUGUUUGUUUAUUUUUGUUGAUAAAUGAGAGAAAAAAUAUUUUUUAUUUCUUUAAAUUAAAUUUUUUGUGUAAUUUAUGAUUUUUUUAUAACAGUUUUUUCUUUUUGUUAGUACAAGUAAAUACUGUUUGUCUUUGCCUGUUAGUUAAUCUCGGCUAUACAUUAAAUCCCUAAUUUCAAGCCCGGAUAAUAUUAAAAAUCUAUAAAAAGAAUUAAGGACUUGUCAUGGCAUGUAAUUUUGCUUGUUUUUCCCACAACAUGUUAUAACCAAUAAAUAAAACUAUAACAAAAUUAAAUUGUCAGAUUAACAUAUUUGAGAGAAAAAACCUGUUGGGCAUUAUUCAGCAAUACAAACUUGCAAUAUUAUCCCCAAAAUGGUAAUAUUUUUGUGUAAUUUUCAACCCACAUUUCAAUCAAGCCCCAAGUUAAGAAAUAAUAUUUUGAUGAUUAAAAAAAAUCAGACUUAUAGGCGAAGAUACACAGUACCAUACUUGUUUUUCAAGCCUAUUAAAAUUUAAAUAUUACUGUUUGGCCUUAAUUGAAAUUAAUAACAAAUUAAUUUUCGCAAAUAUGGAAAGCACAAUGGAUGCCUGAAGUAAAACAAAACCAUAUCUGGAGAUAUUGUUAGUGUACAUGUAACGAAGAUCAUACCAAAAUAAUACUCAAUUCAUCAUUCAUAGAUCAGGGGGCCAUAGACAAAAAUUUACAUCAGGAUGAGUAUAUAUGUUACAUGGGGAUUGGUUCUUUGAAUAUUAAAGAUGCUUGUACAUGUUACUUGUUUGUCAUAGCACUAAAAUAUAAUAAAUAUUCCCCAGUCUUGACCAAAAGUCUCCUUGCAAAGGAUCCCAGGUUAAAUGAGUUUGUGAACAUCUUAAAUAUAAUAAAUAUUCCCCAGUCUUGACCAAAAUUCUCCUUGCAAGGAUCCCAGAUUAAUUAUUUUGUGAACAUCCUAAAUAUAAUAAAUAUUCCCCUAGUCUUGACCAAAAUUCUAUCUGCAAGGAUCCCAGAUUACGGUAAUUGAUUUUGGGAACAUCCUAAAUAUGAUAAAUAUUCCCCUAGUCUUGAUCAAAAUUCUGUUUGCAAGGAUCCCAGAUUAAUUGAUUUUGUGUAUAUCCUAAAUAUAAUAAAUAUUCCCCUUGUCUUGACCAAAAUUCUACUAGCAAGGAUCCCAGAUUAACUGAAUUUGUGAAACAUCCUAUAAUAAAUUCUAAAAAUAUAUAAAAUAUACAUAUUAUCUUCUACAGUAUUACUGAUGUCCUUUUGUCAUAAUAUAUGUAGCUAGGAGAUAACCCAUGUAUUCUGUAUUGAACAAUAUUAAGCAUAAAUCUUCAUUCCGUGUUGUGAAGUGCAAUGUAUUUUUUUUUUUAUGUCAAUGCAAUAUAAGGUGCUGGAAUUGUUUUUGCAUCCUUAACUUGACCUUUGGUUGUAUUUUAUUACCAAGUGAUAUUUUUUUGUCCCAUGCCCAAGCAAUAGAGCCAUGUUGCAAUUCUUAGAAUUUGUUUUACAACUUUUUAUCCUUUUUUUCUGCUUCUUUUCUUUAUCAUUUUCAAAAUUAAUGGACCAAAUCUCUUUGAAACAAUUUGUGAAACAUAUUCCCAAUAUUAUCUAGUAAGUUUUAAAAGAUGGAUUCAUAUAUAUUGGCAUAAUGCAAUUGCUUUAAAUUGUCCAUAUGUUUAUUGCUGCAAAGUACUUAAUUAAUAAUGCUAUAUUAUCCAAACUAACAUCAUUCAAAAUUUGUAAGAUAAUGUUUACAAUUCCCACAAAAAUUGAUUGGAUAAGCAUUUGGCAGCCAUUUUGAAUUUUGUAACUUUUCACUUAAACAGUGCAGUACAACACUGACAAUAUAGCAGAUAUAUUUAAAUUUAAGAAUCUUUUAUAAACCAAUUUUGAAAAUGUAUUAAUUCUGAAUUUAAAAAUGGAUUUUAUAGAUUCAUUUCUAUCAUUUCUGCAUCUGAUGCACAGAACCCAUGGUAUAUUAUUGCUUGUAUUUUUUUUUCUUUUUGAGUAGUUUUGAAGUGUUUUAAAAACAUUUUUAAUAAUUUAUUUUAAAGCAUAGCUUGUAAUUUUGGUUGUUUCUUUUUUUUUUUAAUACAAAGGGAUUAAUUUUAUUUUGUUAGCUAACAUUUUAUUUUCAUAUGCCCUCUCAACUCUGCAGGCUUCUACCCCGGUGAUGGAAGCUUCUCUUUCGUAAUUCAGCUUUAUUUUGCUUGGUGAUGGUGAUUUUGAUUUUUAUACUAAUAAAGAAAUAAAGACCUAUUACUAUAGAAUCUAGUUAAUGCAUGGAAAUACAUUAGUACAGUGCAAGUUCUGUUUACCAUGUAGUUACCAAAUAAAACCUUGGUUUUAUGUUUUAAAAAGUUUUGGAAAAGUGAUUUAAAGCUGAAGUCUUUCGUCAUUAUUGCUUAGUUUUAGGGGGCAUAUAAUUUGGGAGGGAUCAGUUUUGAGUGGUGGGAAUUACUUUUAUAGAUGGUUUAUUUUGACAUGUCACAGAAAUCCAUGUGAAACACAUAUUAUUACUUAAAACACCACUGUGAAUGACAAACAUUGUUGAAUAUAUGUAAGUAACUGAAUACAAGACUAUCAAAAAUGUAUUGUGGCAACCUUCAAGUGAUAACAUCUAGGGUCUCCACGAGUACUCGAGUACUUGGGCAAGGGCCGAGUCUAGCAAGACUCAACUCUGUUCACAGGACUCGAGUACCUGUGCAAGGAAGAGAACUUUAAUUUAAUUGUAUUUUUUAAUGUAAUUUUAUCAUUAUGCUUGCUGCCGAUUAUAGGGCUGCGAGACAUGAAGGGAAACAAAAGUCAAAUGUGUAAUACUGUAUUAUCAAUGGCACGAUUUGGCAUCCAUGUACAGCGCUGGAAUUAAGAUGCAUAAUACUAUUUUAUUUUAUUCCUUAGUCUCAUUAUCAUGUAGUGGCAGGUACUCGGGUCUGGGUUGAGUUUGACCCUUGAGUACUCGAGUCCUAUAUUUUGGACUUGUGGAGGCCCUAAUGACAUCAUUACAUAUGGACAUAAAAGACAAAUCUGAAAUCCAUAAACUUAGUGCUAAGUUAGCUGUGCACCCAAUGUUUUAAUAGUUGCUGUCGAAUCUUAAUGGGAGAAAUAUUGUUCAUACUUAUUUGAUCAUCGUACAAAUGUUGGAGCUUUUUUUUUUAGUUUACCGGUAUUUAAUUCUGUAAUCAGUGUCCUUUUUAUUUCAACAAUUAUUGGUUACAUAUGUAAAGAUUUACAGUUCAAAGAUCAUGUACAAGUUUGUUAAUUUAUUAGAAGUUAGAAACCAUAGUCGACAGAUUUCUUACCUGUUCAGUAAUGUUAAAAACCUCAGCCUUGAGGCAUUGUGAUCAUGAUUCUUCAUUAUGUGGUCAUUAAACAAUAUUUUUACAUUAUUUAGUCAAACUCACUUUCCUGUGCACUACUCUGCCAAAACCACUUAUCAGUUAGCACAGUCUUGGCAGAUAAAAUCCACUGAAGUAAUAAAGAUAUGUUGAUCUUCCAAUUCAUCACAAAAGAAACUGGUGCCAACAUUUUGGCACAAAAGAAAGAUGCAAACUUAUUUUGAAAUGUGUGUAUUGCUGUUACUAGUACUGGUACUACACAGAGUUUCAGUAUUGCCCUACAACACCAGGCAUGAAGUUGAUAAGGAUUGCUGCAGUUUAUACAUCUUCAGAGCCAGCUCGGUCACUUGCCAAAUUUGGCUAUUGUGAAUUUCAAAAACAAUUGGCGAAUUUUAUUUUCAUUUGGCGAAAUAAUUUCAUUAAAUAAUUGACAUUUUGUUAGAAAAUAACUGGGUUUCUGCAGUUUUUGAAGUUAUAUAGAUACUGUGGCGAAAUAAUUUCAUUAAAUAAUUGACAUUUUGUUAGAAAAUAACUGGGUUUCUGCAGUUUUUGAAGUUAUAUAGAUACUGUGGCGAAAUAAUUUCAUUAAAUAAUUGACAUUUUGUUAGAAAAUAACUGGGUUUCUGCAGUUUUUGAAGUUAUAUAGAUACUGUGGCGAAAUAAUUUCAUUAAAUAAUUGACAUUUUGUUAGAAAAUAACUGGGUUUGUGCGGUUUUUGAAGUUAUAUAGAUACUGUGGCGAAAUAAUUUCAUUAAAUAAUUGACAUUUUGUUAGAAAAUAACUGGGUUUCUGCAGUUUUUGAAGUUAUAUAGAUACUGUGGCGAAAUAAUUUCAUUAAAUAAUUGACAUUUUGUUAGAAAAUAACUGGGUUUGUGCGGUUUUUGAAGUUAUAUAGAUACUGUGGCGAAAUAAUUUCAUUAAAUAAUUGACAUUUUGUUAGAAAAUAACUGGGUUUCUGCAGUUUUUGAAGUUAUAUAGAUACUGUGGCGAAAUUUUCUGCUGACCCAGAGCUAGUCCUGCAUCUCGACUAUUUUAAUUGCCUACAUGUAUUUAACAUGUCAUUUUCUAGAGAGAUUAAUUGGCACCCAUUUGGCAGCAAUCAAUGUUGGCCUUUGCCUUAUACCCGUUAAUUAAAGCUGAAUGUUUGCCAGUUUAUGCUUUCACCAUUGUUUUUAGCUUACAGCAAUCCUCAGCAUUAUAUUUAUUGAACACAGUAUUGUUUUGUAAAAUAUUGUCAUAUUUAUUUCAACAAAAUUGGGAUUUUUGAGGCAUUAUUAUGUGUGGGGUUUUUGUUCAAGAACUAGGUGGUAAAAGUAAUUGUGUGAUCCACAUUGUUUGCCCUGGGUCAGGCCACUGGCUAUCCAGAGACCGGACCCGGGACAGACAUGCUCGAAGCUCUGGUGGUAUAUGAGCAUGUAAAUACAUAUUGGCUUGGCUUGGUCCACAUUGCCAUGAUACAAUUAUUAUUAACACUGGUGGAUUGAAGUGUACAUGUCUUGUAAAUGUUUUAACCCUAUUUAUAGUUUCACGGUCAUCGGUGUACAUAUCAUUAUUGCUUGAUGUAGAUGAUGUGUACAUAGGGGAGCUAGCCUUGUGGAAUGGACAUAGUUAAAUAUUUAGCAGGGUUUACCUAUUCGUCGAUGAAAAUUAACCAUUUAGGUUUGUAUCUUGAUGGUUGAAUAAAUUUUUCUUACAUUUAACAUGAA